AUGGCAAACUCAAAGGACUGUAUUCAAAUCUACAAAGGCAUCCUUGCAACCAUGAAAUCAACUACUCAACCAAUUCGUGCCGCGCUCAUUGGGCUUUCUUCUUCAGCUGUCACAUCGUGGGCUUCGGCGGCCCACCUCCCAGCUCUCCUUACUGCAACUGGCCGCUCGAAGAUCACCAUCAGCGCAUUGUCAAACAGCAGCGUUGACGCUGCAAAGUCGGCGAUUCAGAAAUAUGGACUUCCAGACGGAACCAAGGCAUACGGGUCGCCAGAAGAUCUUGCGGCGGAUCCAGACAUCGAUCUGGUAAUAUGCAAUACACGGGUUGAUAAGCAUUUCGAGACGAUCCUUCCAAGUGUCAAAGCUGGUAAGGAUGUUUACGUCGAAUGGCCAAUUGCUGCCAACAGAGAACAUAUCAAUGAGCUCAUUGAAGCGGCGAAGAAGAGUGGAUCAAGGGUUGCGGUGGGUCUGCAGAGACGCUGGGCGCCACCGGUGGUCAAGUUGCGAGAUGUCUUGGAUAGUGGAAAAGGUAGAUUAGGCAAAGUGCUGAGCUCCGACGUUCGUGCUUUCGGUGGAACGAUGGACAGGGAGAUUUUACCCCUAGGUUUGAAAUACUUUGCAGACAAGGACAUCGGCGGCAAUCCGAUCGUGAUAGGUGUUGGUCAUGUGCUUGACGCCGUACUUUCGGUCGUCGGCCAACUCGAUCCAGCAUCCGUCCACUCUAAAACACAGAUUCAGCGCCCCAACGUUCGCAUACGCGACCCUAAAAGUAUGCAGGUUGUUGAGAAAACAACAUCAAACGUCCCCGACCUCCUUUCCGUACAUGCCGCUAUAGAACCCUCGCCGCUUACUGUUCCCAACGCAACACUUUCCUUUCUGUUUCGUCGCGGCCAGCCAUUUCCUGGAACGCCGGCCCUCACCUGGACUAUCAAUUGCGAAUAUGGCGAGAUCCGCGUUACGUCAGCCACGAGUUCGUCUUUCCAGAGUAGCGAAAAUGAUGGUCCAGUAGUGAUUCAAGUUCACCACUUCGAUACUGAGCAAGUGGAGAUUAUCGGCUGGGAUUGGAGUGAUAUGCAGAAGGAGAUACCGAUUGUCGGAAGGGAUGUUAUGGGGUGCCUCUUUGCCUUUGCGGAUGGCAAUGAGGAGGGAGAUGGGUGGUUGGGCUUGGGGGACGCUGCAAGGUACGCGCAAACGAUCGAAAGCUUCCUGGAGGAGUAA